AUGCCCGGCACGCCGCCUAUUGACGCGCGCAGUCGUCGCGCCUGGGGCCAAGUGGUGCACCGCCGGACCGAAGCGCGUCGCCUCGUCCAGCACGAGGCGCAGCUGCCGCGUGCGCGCCGUGCUGAGCGCCACGCAGCGGCGCGCGUCGUGCAGCGCCUCGUGCGCUGUUUUUUGUCGCGGCAGCGGCUCGCGACGCGCCUCAGUGCCGUGGGCCGCCCCGCCGAGCUCCAAGUCACGGCCGUCACGGGCCUCGAGCUGCUGUGCGACUUUCGCAACGUCGUGUCGGUCUUUUGCAACGUCCGCGUGCUCAAGAAACCCUUUGGACCGUUCAUGUUUCACUUUUCCACGUCGCGCUGCGCGCACGUCGACGUGCCCACGUGGCGCGACGCGCUCUUUGUGCCCAUGUUGUCGAGCAAGUGCGACAUUGUCACGACGGUCAUUGGCGUGAGCAACGCCGGCAAGUUGCGGUUCCUGGGCCAAGCGAUUGUCCCACUCGAGACGGGGUGGGAGCACAAGACGAAAGCGAGCGCGCCGCUGGCCAAGUGGAAGUUCCCCGUCGACGAGUCGAUCGUGGGGCUCCACCGCUUUGUAAAGGGCACCGUGGAGCUCACGAUCAAGCCCGUGUCGUCGCGGCGGCCGUGCAAAUCCGGUCAGUUCCUGCAGGGACCGCCCCUCACGUCCAGAGCCAAGCGGCUGGUCUCGUUCUGGUCGAAGCAAGUGUCGAGCAAUGGCUUAUUGGCGUCGCCGGCGCUACUGACGUCCAGGAGGACGCCAACAAGCGCUUCGCCGUCGCGCAAGGUCGUUGUGGCACGCUGGGGCGUCCUCACGGACACGACGUUUCACCUCUUUGACAACACGACCGCCAAGCUGAUUGUUAGUCUGGACCUGGCAAAGCUGCAGGUCAUCAAGUCGAGUGCGCAGCACAAGAGCGACCCGAGUCCAUUGUUUCCGUUGAAGCUCUACGCCGGGGGCACAAUGUACGUGCUGUACGUGUCGAGUUCCGCGCAGCAGCAGUCGUGGGAGUACAAGAUCAAUUUGCACCGUCGUGAACUACUGGUGCCGUAA